AUGGUGAAGUUGGGGAGUAAUCUUCAGGACAAAGGCACUGCCAAAGCGGUGAGCGUGGAGGACGGUUUCCAAAACGUGCCCCUCAUCACUCCGCUGGACGUGGGGAGCCUGCAGGGCCAAGCUCCGGACAAGGUGGUGGUGAAGACGCGCACAGAGUUCCAGACGGAGAAGAAGAGGCUGAAAGUGCCGAAGGUGGAGGAGUUCACCAUCAGCAUCACCGACGGGGUUUCCGAGAGACUCAAGGUUACCAUACUGAUCAUCCUUGCCCUGGCCUUCCUCGCCUGCAUCGUUUUCCUGGUGGUUUAUAAAGCCUUCACCUACGACCACGCCUGUCCAGAUGGAUUCAUAUACAAGCACAAGCGGUGUAUCCCAGCAUCCCUCGAGGCCUACUACGCCGCGCAGGAUGCCAACUCCAGGGGGCGCUUCUACACAGUGAUCAGCCACUACAGCAUGGCCAAGCAGACCACCUCGCACUCCGUCUCCCCCUGGCUGCCCGGAGGAGGCGCAGUAGGCGGCCAUCACGACUCCAAGCCCCCCAGCGGAGAGGGCCACUGA